AGUCUCCCCUGGACAGCUCACUUUCACUUUCAUUUCUGUUCUCCUAUUAGACUACAACGAAUCCCAGCCUUUUCCUUCCAAAUACUUCUCUUUCUCUCUCCCUCUCUGGUUCUUUCCCCGGAGCACCAUCUGCGGCCACCGGCAGCUACCUGGACACAAUGCUAUAACCACGUUCACAAACCAAAAAUGGGGACCUGCACCUCAAAGCCUCCCAAACCGAACCCUUAUGCCCCACAAAACCAACCUGUAAAUGAUCUGCCUGACCCGACCCAGACUCCGAAAUCUCCCCUUCCCAAGCCAAAACAGUCUCCUUUCUUCCCAUUUUAUACUCCGAGUCCUGCUUAUUUGUUCAAGAAAUCCCCUUCUACUGAAUCUGCUGCUGCUAACUCCACUCCUACUCCGCUGCGGAUCUUUAAGAAGCCGUUUCCUCCGCCAUCUCCUGCCAAGCACAUUAGGGCCGUACUCCGCCGGCGGGAACUUGGGAAGAAGAAGAAAAAGGCAGCAAUUCCGGAGGAAGGGGAAUGUGAAAGUGAGGAUGCGACUGGUUUAGACUUGGAUAAGAGGUUUGGAUUCUCGAAAGAGUUCACGAGUAGGUUGGAGUUAGGGCAAGAGGUGGGCCGAGGGCAUUUCGGGUAUACUUGUUCUGCCAAAUUCAAGAAGGGUGAUCGGAAAGGGCAGCAAGUUGCUGUCAAAGUCAUACCCAAAUCCAAGAUGACAACAGCUAUUGCAAUUGAGGAUGUGAGAAGGGAGGUCAAAAUACUAAGGGCCUUAACAGGACAUAACAAUCUCGUACAGUUCCAUGAUGCAUUUGAAGACUUUGAUAAUGUCUACAUAGUAAUGGAGUUGUGUGAAGGAGGGGAGCUCCUAGAUAGAAUACUUUCAAGGGGUGGGAAAUACUCAGAAGAUGAUGCCAAGGGCGUCUUGGUGCAAAUACUAAACGUUGUUGCUUUUUGUCAUCUACAGGGUGUGGUGCAUCGAGAUCUAAAACCAGAGAACUUUCUGUAUACUUCUAAGGAUGAGAAUUCUCAGCUGAAAGUUAUUGACUUUGGCUUAUCAGAUUUUGUCAGACCAGAUGAAAGGCUUAAUGACAUUGUGGGAAGUGCAUACUAUGUGGCGCCUGAAGUCCUCCAUAGAUCUUAUAGCACAGAGGCUGAUGUAUGGAGUAUAGGUGUUAUAGCAUAUAUUCUAUUGUGUGGUAGUCGUCCAUUUUGGGCCCGUACUGAGUCUGGAAUUUUUCGGGCAGUCUUGAAAGCUGAUCCAAGUUUUGAUGAGGCACCUUGGCCUUCUUUAUCUCCAGAAGCAAAAGACUUCGUCAAACGACUAUUAAACAAGGACCCCAGGAAGCGAAUGACUGCAGUUCAGGCUUUAAGUCAUCCCUGGAUCCGGAAUCAUAAUGAUGUAAAAGUACCCCUUGAUAUUUUAAUUUUCAGACUCGUGAAGGCAUAUAUGCGAUCAUCGUCUUUGCGAAGGGCUGCUUUAAGGGCAUUGUCUAAGACAUUGUCUGUGGAUGAACUCUAUUAUUUGAAGGAACAGUUUGCAUUGUUAGAGCCAAACCAAAGUGGCAGCAUAACUUUGGAAAACUUUAGAAUGGCUUUGAUGAAAAAUGCGACGGAUGCAAUGAAGGAUUCACGUAUCCCUGACUUUUUGUCAUCGCUAAAUGCACUUCAAUACAGAAGAAUGGAUUUUGAAGAAUUUUGUGCAGCUGCUGUGAGCGUCCAUCAGCUGGAGGCACUUGACAACUGGGAGCAGCGUGCCCGUAGUGCAUAUGAGCUUUUUGACAAGGAUGGAAACAGGGCUAUAGUCAUCGAGGAGCUUGCUUCUGAACUUGGGCUUGGCCCCUCUAUUCCAGUUCAUGCAGUUCUGAAUGACUGGAUAAGGCAUACUGAUGGAAAACUUAGCUUCCAUGGGUUUGUGAAACUGUUGCAUGGUAUGUCCAGCCGAACCAUGGCAAAGGUGCAAUGAAUUCUAGAUCUGUGUUCUGUAACUGUUGGAAGUGCCGAGUUCACUAUAUUUCUCAGCCAAACAUAAUGUGUGAGAUAUAUCAGUUACAUGACACAGUAACUUUUGGAGAAUCAUAAACAUAUGGAGCUUCAUCAACAGUUGCUUCGAUAUCAGCAGAUCGUUCCUUGAGUGUAGAUUGUGAGAGCCUUCAUUCUCAUGCUUAUUCUUGAAAGGGCAAGAAGUGACCAUGAUCUGCUGUAGUAGUCAUUUGCCUUUGGUUCGCUUUAAAUAUAAAAUGAUCACUGGCAUUGUGUUGUAAAGAUAUAGUUCACUUGGCCUGAACAGGCAAAAGGAUAUAGUUUCCCCCCUUAUUACCACCGCAUUUGAUGCUUUAUACAUGUCGCAUUUUCAUUA